AGCACACCUCUGACGUCACUCCAGCACGUCACCUUCUUCUCUCGUCUCCACUCGGCGCUGAUCUGUGGAGGAGUCUGAAGCGUCUCUGCGUCUCUCCAAUGUCUGUGCGCUGAGCUGCGGAGUGGAGCAUCGUUAGCGCUUAGAAAAGGAUGCUGCAUGGGUUCACAGCGUUGCAGUGGCUCUGCUUCCUCUCAUUCCCACCCUGAGCAUGGACAACUAAAUCAGGACUAAAGGGUGACUGUAAAAGGACUAAACACGCACCGAUCCAUACCAAGGGGGAGUUUUCAUUCUUCAACAUUAACGAAUAUACCCACAGGAGACAAUCGGCACUUCAUCAUGUCGACCAAAGAGAGACUUAAAGCCAGCAUGAGCAAAGAGAGCGUCACUCUGCUGCCCUGCUUCUACUUUGUGGAGCUCCCGAUCCUGGCCUCCUCAGUGGUCAGUCUGUACUUUUUGGAGCUGACAGACAUUUUCAAGCCAGUGCACUCAGGCUACAGCUGCAAUGACCGGAGCCUGAGCAUGCCCUACAUCGAUCCCAACAAGGAGGUCGUACCGUUCCUCAUGCUUUUCAGCCUGGCGUUUGUAAUUCCUGCAGCCACGAUUAUGAUCGGUGAAGGCAUCCUGUACUGCUUCCAGGUCAAAAGAAGAAUCAACAUAAAAACCGAAGCCAACAUAAAUGCCGCUGGCUGUAACUUUAAUUCCUACAUUCGCCGAGCUGUGAGAUUUGUGGGUGUUCACAUCUUUGGCCUGUGCAUCACAGCCCUCAUCACAGACAUCAUACAGCUGUCCACAGGGUACCAUGCUCCCUACUUCCUGACAGUGUGUAAGCCCAACUACACCAUCCUCAACACCACCUGUGAUGAUGGCUCUUUUAUCGUGGAGGACAUCUGCUCAGGCUCGGACUCAGCAGCCAUCAACAGUGGCAGGAAGUCUUUCCCAUCGCAACAUGCUACCUUGGCUGCCUUCGCUGCAGUGUACGUCUCAAUGUACUUCAACGCCACCUUAACUGACUCCUCCAAGCUACUCAAGCCCCUGUUAGUCUUUUCCUUCAUUAUGUGUGCAGUCAUCUGUGGUCUGACUCGCAUCAUCCAGUUCAAAAACCAUGCCAUGGAUGUCUACAGUGGCUUCCUUAUCGGAGGAAGUAUAGCUGUCUACCUGGGUCUGUAUGCAGUGGGUAACUUUAAACCCAGUGAGGACACGUCCCUUCGCCAGCGGCCGCGUCCCCAUUCACGUCCUCAGCCCCCACCCAUGCAGAUUCCCCCCCAGCCUCAGCCGAUCAUGCCUCCUCCUGCCCUCCGUGAGCCACUGCGUCCUCUUCCUAACCUUAACACAGAGCCCCCACGCCUGCUCCAGCCAAAGAGUCUGAGCGUAAGGGAGCGUCCAACUUCAGCUCGCUCGGAAAGCAUCCUAUUUAGAGGACCUCACCGUGACUCUUCCUUCAGCCUAAAGAGGGCCAGCACUGAGCUGGAAUGUAUCACAGCAGCUAGCCAACUGUACCAGGAUAGUAUGGUAACCUUUAGCAACACUCUUCCUCGUUCACACUCUAUAGGUGCAGAAGAUCCGGUGCCACGUCGUCACGCCGCUAUCCAUGCUUCAAUGGAUUCCACACGAUCCAAGCAAUUGCUUUCACAAUGGAAAACCAAGAACGAGAACCGCAAGCUUUCAUUGCAGGCAGGUGAGGGUCAUGAGGGGGGCAUGGAAGUACGCUGCAGCUCUGAACCCACUGCCAUGGGUCUGGAGGGGCCACCUGGACAGUAUAUGAAGAUGGCAGCCAGUGUUGUGCCGUUGGCUAACCACAAUGGUGGAGGUGGCGGUGGUGGUGGUGGGGCCAGGGUAUCCAUCCAGUCACGGCCAGGCUCGUCACAAUUAGUACACAUUCCAGAGGAGACACAAGAAAAUGCGUGCUCAUCUCUGCAGGAAGAUGGCGAGGAAAUAAGUGACGGUGGUGGAGGAAUGGUUGGGAAUGCAAGGUCAAAAUGGAUGAAGAUGGCUGAGAAGAGCGCCCCCUGCAGGACUAACAGUCAGCCACGGAUAAUGCAAGUGAUUGCCAUGUCUAAACAGCAGGGCAUUAUUCACGGAAGCCCCAAGAGUGAGGGCAGUGCUGUCAGCCGCACAGGAUCCAUCAGGUACAAGGCACUGACAGAGCAGGACCCUGGCACAGGCAUUGUGCAUGUUGAUGCCCACCCGGAAAACAAACCCAAUUUAGAUGCCGGUGGGUCCUGGAGGUGGAAAGCACCACCAGAACGUGUCAGCAUACGCCAAUGCUUUGAGCUUAACGAUCUCAACCGCAACUCAGAGAGCUGUGAUUCCCUUAAGGAUGGCUCUGUACCUGACAUGAGCAACCCUCAUCAUCCACACUUUCACCACCACCACCAUUUUCACCAUCCACACCAACACCAUCAGGCAAUCACCACCAUCCGUGUGACACCUGUAGAAUCGAGCAGUGAAGCUGAGGCUGCCUCUGAAACGCUUUCUCUUGCCUCCAGCCAUGACUCCACCCUGCGCCGUAAAAACGUCAUCCUUCUGCCUGACCGAGGCCCAAGUCCAGACAAUGCCAGGAACCUGCCACACUUUUUCAAAUCAUCCCCUACACCUCCUCCCACUGUGACCUUCAAAGAGUGAACCUUCAAGCUCAUUCCCUCUUUAUGUUCCAGAGUGGCCUUGCUCUCUUACCUGACUCACAGUUCUCUGGAAGGACAGAUGGGAGUCACACUGGAUAUACAGUAUUUCCUUUUCACCUGCACUGGCUCCCUCCAACUUUGUAAGGUGGCGUUAUGUAUUUUUAAUUUUUUUGAUGUACUGUGACAUUGAAGAAAGCACAAGUUCAUUUUUUCUAACCCUUUCGCAAGGGUGGUUUUGUGGUUUAAUGAAAUCCACUUUUCAUUUUAUAAUAACUGAUACUAUUAUACGUGAGGAAACGUUUUGUCACAUAUGUUCAUUACCUAGCCAGUGUUUUUUGUUUUGUUUUGUUUUUCAGCUUUGAUUAUGCGUAACAGAUAAUUUGUGUUGUCUCUUAGGGCAACAUGGGGUGGUUUUUGAAAUGUAGUUUCAUACCUUAUCCAGUGUGCUGGUAUAUUGUUCCUAGUGUAAUCGUUUGUAAUGAAACACAUUAUUACUUCAUCUCUGCUAAUGGCUAAUAAUUAUCCUACACGUUGCUUUUAGGCCAGUUGAUAUGUGACUGAGUCAUGGCAAUAGUGUUUUUGCCAAAUUUUAGGACAUGGCAUGAUGGAGGGUUGGUUCAUUCUAUCAUACACACUGUAUUAGCCAUUCUGUUUUCACUUAGUGACUAGAUACAGUAAAUGCAUUUCGACUGCACUGAGGAAGGUUUUGCCUUAAGACAAUUGUUGAAGUGCUAAAGAUGAGGUUCUGACUAUGUCUCACUAUGACAUUAUACUCAACUAUUUACUUUAACUUUCAAUUUUCAGUCACAGUAACUAUAUACAAUUCAUAUUUAAAUGUUUGAUUUUUUUUUCUAUGUUCCUCAUUUUGGUUUGUUACUCAGUUGUAGGUUGAGCACACAUGUAAAAUUUUGUUUUCUUGCUUCGGGUUAAUGGGCUAAAUAUUUACAGUGAUGUUCCUGUGAAUUCCUUUUCCUCUUCCCUGCUUCUCACCUGCCAAGCUGCUCCUCCUCCGCCUCUCUACGGGUGUUUAUAAAACUCCAAACAACCUUCACAAAGACUCUGGAAGAACCACUGGUGAUUUCAAACUCUUUGGUUGAUUUUGACACCUGAUUUUUUUGUUUCUCCACACUGCAGGAACAUUUUGCUAAUAAUCUUUCUUCAUAGAGUGCCUCUGAGAAAUUUAGAGUAAGUUAUUGAUUUUUUUAUGGUGAUUAUUGUAACUUUCCAAUAAUUGUGCAACGUUUCCUCAAUAUGGUGCAUAAUGAGCAGACAUCCUAGACACAUUUAGACAUUCUCCUUUAAAUGGAUUAAAUUUUGAUUUGUUUUGUUUUUUUUCGGGUCUGAUUUUGGUUUAAAACAUGGUGUUUUAUCAGAGAAAUUACCAUAUUCUCUGAAAUUUUCUUUAACAUUAGCCAUUUGUUAGUCUUUUACAGUAGAUAGGGUAGUUUUCAACUAUAUGAUUGUCGCUAUCAUAUUACCUAUCGUCUAGAGUCUUUAGCACAUAAAAAAAUGCAAGCGAGUGCAUUUUGAGAAAAAUGAGAAAAAAAGAACAAAACAUAUCUUUGCUAGUUGAAAUCAGCAUGAUAAUAUCAACUCUGAUCAGACAAACAAAAACUCUUUCAGAUUCUUUCUGUGUCUAAGACGAGGGAUAAGGCAAAAUUGUUGCAAAUGCUUUAGUUUAACAUACAAAGCUGCAUCACUAAAAGCUUAAGACUUUACCUAUAACAUCUGUGUUGUUUGUAAGUAAAUAUUAUAUUUGAAUUUAUACCACAGCACAGUUGAAUUCUUGAAUCUGAAACUGUGGCUAAUUUUCUAUAACAGCACAGCUCUGACAAGUAGCUGCGUUUAUAAUUCAUAUCAUAUACUGUAGCUUUGCGGUAUACUACAGUUGGUCCGCUCCACUGAUCUGAUGAACAGAUUAUACAGAAAUGAUAUCUAAGUGUGCUGAUAUUUAGAAUAACAUCUCUGGUACAUUUUGCUUUUCGUAUCUCUUUGUCUUGCUGUUUGUCUCACUGUCUAUUUUUGCUAUGGAAAAAUUCCAAAUUUAGUUUGUUACAUUAAAACAAAUGCUUAUUAUGGGCUGUCAGUCAGUCUUUGCGUUGCAUGGCAACCCAUUGCACUCUAUCUAGCUGUGGCUAUUUUAGGAAAUAUUUACAUUAGUCAUAUUGUGUAUGAAAUAGCAGUUAAUAUUAAUCUUGUUUAGAGAAUUGUUGUGUAAAAGCAAUAUCACACUCGCAAUUGUGAGAUUGUGCUGAAUUUUAGCAUGACCGUGCCUCACACAUACAACCAGAAUUCUUGCUCGUGCGAUAUUUCUUUAAUGCUCGUUCUUAUAUUUUAUUGUUUCUAUAGUAACAGCUAAUAUAAAGGAAUCGUGACACAGACAUGGCCGUACUUCCUCACAAAAUAUAAUCUUAAUAAUGAACAGAUUUUUAAAUGUUAACAAAUAAAAACAUGACAAGAUGCAUUACAGAAAGCAGAGGCUGGUGAGAGAAUGACUUCAUAGCUGUUAUAAUAUAAGUGAUGAAAAGAACAACAGCAAUUGCUUAAAACUUCAAAUGGUUAGAAAGCAUGCAGUCUAUUAAUAAAUAUUGUAUUAAUAAUAUUGUAACAUUUGGCAGAUUGUCGUACUUUAAGAAGAAUAAAGACUUCAGGAUGUGCUGUUAUAGAAAAUUAGUCCACUUUAGGUCAUGUCAUGUCACCCUGUCAUGUUUUAUUCCUUACAGUUUCCUUUACAUUAUUAUAUAGAGAAAGUCAAAAUCAAGAUACAUCCUGAUUAAAGUGACUUUUUUAAACCAGAUCGAAUUUAGCAGCAUGUGUCUUUUGAUUUUGAGGAGAUUUACUAUCCAGACAAUAGGGUGUAGUUAACGUGCACAUAAUUGGUUGGAGUAUUGGAGAGUGAAGGCAUCACUAAGAAGCACGUCACGGUGAGACUGACACAGUGAGAUCGCACAAUGAAAGAGUUCCUGAUCUGUGAAGAAUCUUCUAAAACUGUGCAUUUCUACAUUUCUAUAUUUCUAAUCCUGAACAUUGCCAUAUACACAUUUAUAAAAUGAACAAAAGAAGGAAAAAACACAACAAUGUAUUAAUAUCCCUGGUAUCUGCAACAUGGUCAGCAGAGAUGGAUUUAUUUAAUGUACAGGAUAAUUUAUAUAACUUAGGAUUUUAUUUUAUUUUUUUGGUUGCUGUUUGCUUUUUCAUUCAGAAUUAGACAUAACGGAUAUGUGUACAGUAUACAAAUUUUUCAGUGGAGUGUACAUUAUAAAAAUCAGAAGUGAGCUAAUAAAUUUUAAAAUUUUAUACAUUACUGUACAGUCUAAAUGUACCCUAUUCUAAGGCUUUAACCGGAUCUUUUAACUGCAUGGUCAUUUGAUACAGUAUGUACUGUAACUUCAGUUUUUUGUUCUGGUUUUGUACAUGAUGCCUUUUAAUGGUGGUGGUCAGUACCUUUAUGCUCUGCCAUGCAUUUUAUUCAAUCAGCUGAGUAACCACUAGAUCUUUGUACCUCUGUAAAUAGAUAUUUGUAACUUCGAGGGAGCUCAUGUGGUGAUGUAAAUUAGAAGAGAGACGUUUCAUUUGCAAAGUGUUAACCUUUCAUAUGAGUAUCUGUUUAAAGAAAGAUCACAGGGUGGACAUUUUUGUGCCAUAAAGAAACAUUUCUUUUAUUAAUUAAUUUUUUUCUUUUACAUAACAAUGUUAAACGUGUGAGAAAUGUUUUUUUUUUUUCUGACAGAUAAUUGAACUUUGCAGUGUGU